AUGGCACACGAGAGUGAGAUGUCUACCGAAAAGCUCCCUUUAGUCCCUGACGAGGUUACAGCUCUGUGGCUGGGGUCUAAGUUGGGACACAAGAUCAAGUCAGUCUCGUUGACACGGACUAUAUUCGGCACGGGCACCAAAUUAUUCUACUUCGUCGAGUACGAAAAUGAAGUGGCCGACCUAAGCUCACGGCCAUCGCACAUCUGUGUUAAGGGGAUAUUUGAUCGUGUCAUGUUUGAAUCACAGCCGUGGACUCUAAGUCUGGCGCAGCGCGAAGCUGAUUUCUUCGCCAAGAUCGCGCCGGCUAUCAAGCAUAUGGGGUAUCCAAGGGGCUGGUGGGGAGGAAGAAGCGAAGAGCAAGGCAUCGCCAUCAUGUCAGAUCUAGUGCACGAAGGAUGCACGUUUCCAUCCGAGGCUGCGUCCUACCCUCUCGAAACGGUGCUUGAAGGUGUUUACCAGAUAGCUGGAUUACAUGCCCAGUUCUGGGGCAAGAGUCAGGAGGACUAUCCUUGGAUUGAUAAUAAUUACGAUCCGGCUAUGCUAUCCAUUACGGAGACCUGGGACAGCGUCGUGCGAGAGCCUGGGCGGCCCAAGCUACCGGAGAAUCUAAUGGACGGCGCACGCGUUAGAAAAGCACAGAAGAAGUACUAUUCUCGACGGAAUCCCAAGUUCCGCACGCUACUCCACGGGGAUACGCACAUGGGAAAUACCUAUUUCACAUCUGACGGGCACAUACGCUUCUUAGACUGGUCGGCGUUUCAUUUUGCCUCGUGCUUUCACGAUCUCGUGUACUUUGUGUCGACUAUGAUGACUGUCGAGGAUCGGCGGGCCCACGAGAUGGAAAUACUGGAUUACUAUCUGUCAACUCUGCACAGUCUGGGUGGACCAAAGCUUGACAGGAACGACGAGGAGCUCAUGCUUGAGUAUAAAAAGUCGUACUUGACGAAUUUGAUAUGGCCCGUCUGCGGGUAUAUUUUACAACCGAAAACUACUGUAGACGCCUUUGCCGAGCGGACAAUCGCUGCAUGGGUGGACCACAAUGUUAUUGAAGUUGUUGAAAACGAGCCAUAG